CGAAUACACUGUGCAACGAGUAAUGAAGAAUAAAAGCACAUGUUGAAGUGUUCAGAGAAAAUAAACGGACAUGUUGAGACACUUUAUUCAAAUCACUGAACAAAUCAUGAUAUUCGGAGUGAACUAUCAGGAUAUUUUCUCUUUUUCAGACCAUUCUCUAGCAGCUUCACAUCAGCACGUCUGUCAUUUUAUCAGUUUUGAAGAGUUUGUCUUUUCAUAUUUGUGGACUGAAACUGAUGAAGAUGUUUCUCCCUGUUUUGCUCUGCUUGUGUUUCUGGCGUCUGGAUGGAGCGUUUGCUGAGUCAGUGUUUGAGGGAGAUUCAGUCUCUCUAGACUCUGGUCUCUCUAAAAUAAAGGAUGAUGAUGAGAUUCAGUGGAGGUUUGGGGAUGCAAACACAAUAAUAGCAGAAAUCGAUAAACGGAUCGACAGAAUCGCUGUAUAUGAUGAUGUUCUUGAUGGGAGAUUCAGAGACAGACUGAAGCUGGACAAUCAAACUGGAUCUCUGACCAUCACAAACAUCACAACUGAACACACUGGAGAAUAUAAACUACUGAUCAACGGUGAGAUCAAGAUUUUCAGGCUCAAUGUCUACGUCCUGGUGUCAGUGAUGGAGGGAGAUUCAGUCUCUCUAAACUCUGGUCUCACUGAAAUAAUGGAUGAUGAUGUGAUUCAGUGGAGAUUUGAAGAUGGAAAGACUUCAAUAGCAGAAAUCUAUAAAUGGGCCGACAGAUUCACUGUAUAUGAUGAUGUUCUUGAUGGGAGAUUCAGAGACAGACUGAAGCUGGACAAUCAAACUGGAUCUCUGACCAUCACAAACACCACAACUGAAGAUGAAGGAGAUUAUAGACUAGUGAUGUCUUCAGGAGGAAGAUUAUCAUCAAAAGUAUUCAGAGUUUCUGUCUAUAACUCUGUCCACUGUUGUGGUCCUACUGAAACUGUGAUCCGAUUGGUCCUCUCUGCUCUGGUGGGCGUGGCUACUGUCAUCAUUCUGGUUUAUGACAUCAGAUCCAGAAGAGCUGAAUGAGAUCAAGCACAUAUUCACACAUCAGGUGCAUGAUUGAUGAUGUCAUUUCUCACAAACUGAUUUUGCAUAUAUAAAUGUAUGUCACAUAUAUUAAUGGCUUUAUAUGGUAAUCUUUUUCAGUAUCGAAAUCGCUGAAUUUUAAAGGUUCUUCUGGUGUUUUUUUUUCAUAAUAAAUACUGAUGAUUAUUUGAGUUUGUGCUCUCUUUCAGUGUCAAAUUUUAACAGUGCCACUUCAUUGUUGAUAUUUCUCUCAGAUACAAAAAAAAGAAUAGAGUCACACAGAUCUCACUUUAAACUGCUGUAUAUUUGCUGUAUGUAUUUUCUUGCCUUUAUCAAUAAAGUUUCUCACUCUGAG